AUAAUAAAGCAACUAUCUCUGAACCUAAAUUAACUUUUGAAGACUUUGAAACAUAUGCCACUCCUUUGCCCAACGUUUUAAAAAAACUAAAUUCUGCUCUUCUCGUUUGGGGAAAUGGUACAGAUGGCCAGAACGGCACGGGCAAUUACAUGACUUACUCUGAACCUGUUCUACUGAAAUAUUUUAAUAAUCGUAAAGUUAUAGAGGUUAGUUGUGGCGCCGCACACACCACCGCCAUCGUCAGAGGAUGCGGUGACGGCGCAGACGACUACGUUAAUACUAAUUUUAGUUCAGAGUACGGACAUCUAUACGGAUGGGGCGACGACUGCUUUAACCAAAUUGGAAGGCAUACUUACUGUAAAACUGAGCCAGAUGACCAGUGUGUGCCACUCCGUCUCAAACCUUUAAGAGAAGCGCGCUUCCUGCACACGUCUUCUGGUUUCUAUCACAAUGUUGCUUUGGGUUUUUUUACUCAAAAACCAAACCAAAAAGUUGUAUUUUCAUGGGGAGGAGGUUUACUGGGAAACGGGACGGACAUCUACGACAGCACGCUUCUCCCCGUCCGCACUUUACUAGAAAAGGACGUCCGGUUGGUCAGUGCUGGCGGUUUAGGUGGCACUUCAAAGGAAUACAAGCAAAAUACCGGCGAUGCCACUGACAACGUUCCGUACCACAAAAUCGUUACGCCAGUUUCCUUGCAGUUCUUUGAGGGGACGGAAGUCACGAGCGUUGCGUGCGGUAUUUGGCAUACCAGCGUGGUGGUUUUAUGCCACGGACGUCAAAAAUUAUUUGUAUUUGGGAACGAACAGUAUGAAGGCUAUAUGCGCCCCUAUUGCCCCUUUUACUCUGAAAACUUUGCGCGAGGAACUCACUCCAUCCGCACUGUAAAAAGAAUUAUUCCUGACGAAGUUUUUCUUCCCGACCAAAGUCCCAUUAAAAAAAUUAGCGCAGGCGCUUCGUUCACUGUUGCUCUACUUGAGAACGGAAAGUUGUUUGGUUUUGGCCAGAACCCACGUGUAUGUCCCGCAGCAGCAGUGCCCGAGUCGGACGAUCAAGAAAUCCACAUAAAUAGUGCUGAUGGCUUUGCUAACGAGAGGCACGUGUAUCGGCUUUCCACUGGUCACGAGGAGUCGCGUGACCCGUUUGUGGAUGUGGACUGCGGAACUAACCACGUGGUUGGUGUAACAGAACGUGGUCAUGUUUUUGCGUGGGGUCACUGCUUCGACAAAAUCACUUUUGACGUGGACAAACCAAUAAAAAUAAUGGACGGAGUUUCUUUAGUAAAAAAGGCGGCCUGCGGUCUUGAUUUUAACGUUUUAUAUUAAACUAAAUUCUACGCCGCCGGAGAAAAAUUAAAAUAAA